AUGAGGUAUGGUCAUUAUCAUGUCGACCUUGAGAUGAUUAGCGUUAAUGGAAUAACUAUUCCUAAUCACUUGACACCCAUCAAAGGAAACACAAUCAUCGACACAUGGACCACAAUAUUAAACUCGGCUGGGGAAUCGUACGGUGAGCUCAAAAGUCAUAUCGACAACUUCAUUGACGAAAAGCUAAACAACUUUAGUGAUGGCCAACUAGAGUGUUACAAUGGAACAGUUCAACGCGAGCUAGCUUCAUUGCCUACGGUAACAUUGACAUUCUACAAGGGAGUCUCUUUAGAUUUGGAUCUAACCAGCUUAUUCCAACAAAUCGAAGAAGAGUAUUUCUGUUUAGCUGUGAUGAUGACCCCGGGAAUCAAUCUUAACAUCAUCUGGACAACCGUAUUUCAAAUGUACAACAUCGGAUUUGAUCUUGAAGAUGAAACUAUCUACUUUGAGAAAAUCUCGUGUGAUUUGCUUUACUAG